CGUGACGUAAGGCGUAGGUGCGCGCUGGUUGCGCCUGUCAUUGCCGGGUGUUUGUUCCCAAGAAGCCGGCGCCAUGGCGGUUCUCUUGGAGACUACUCUGGGCGACGUGGUCAUCGACCUGUACACGGAAGAGCGGCCGCGAGCUUGCUUGAAUUUUCUGAAGUUGUGCAAAAUAAAAUAUUACAACUAUUGCCUUAUUCACAAUGUACAGAGGGAUUUUAUCAUACAAACAGGCGAUCCUACAGGGACUGGCCGUGGAGGGGAGUCUAUAUUUGGACAACUGUAUGGGGAUCAAGCAAGCUUUUUUGAUGCAGAAAAAGUGCCAAGGAUUAAGCACAAGAAGAAAGGCACCGUGUCCAUGGUGAACAAUGGCAGUGACCAACAUGGCUCUCAGUUUCUUAUUACUACAGGAGAAAAUCUAGAUUACCUUGAUGGGGUCCAUACAGUGUUUGGCGAAGUGACAGAAGGCAUGGACAUAGUUAAGAAAAUCAAUGAGACCUUUGUGGACAAGGAUUUUGUACCAUACCAAGAUAUCAGGAUAAAUCAUACAGUGAUUUUAGAUGAUCCAUUUGAUGACCCUCCUGAUUUAUUAAUUCCUGAUCGGUCACCAGAACCUACAAAGGAACAAUUAGAUAGUGGUCGGAUAGGAGCAGAUGAAGAAAUUGAUGAUUUCAAAGGAAGAUCAGCUGAAGAAGUAGAAGAAAUAAAGGCAGAAAAAGAGGCUAAAACUCAAGCUAUUCUUCUAGAGAUGGUGGGAGACCUACCUGAUGCAGAUAUUAAACCUCCAGAAAAUGUGUUGUUUGUGUGUAAAUUGAAUCCAGUGACCACCGACGAGGACCUGGAGAUAAUCUUCUCAAGAUUCGGGCCAAUAAGAAGUUGUGAAGUUAUCCGGGAUUGGAAAACAGGAGAGUCCCUCUGCUAUGCUUUCAUUGAAUUUGAAAAGGAAGAAGACUGUGAGAAAGCAUUCUUCAAAAUGGAUAAUGUACUUAUAGAUGACAGGAGGAUACAUGUGGACUUCAGCCAGUCUGUGGCCAAGGUUAAAUGGAAAGGCAAAGGUGGGAAAUACACCAAGAGUGAUUUCAAGGAAUAUGAAAAGGAACAGGAUAAACCAUCCAAUUUGGUUCUGAAAGAAAAAGUAAAGCCCAAGCAGGAUGCAAAAUAUGAUCUUAUACUAGAUGAGCAGGCAGAAGAUUCAAAGUCAGGCCACGCACACACAAGUAAAAAACACAAAAAGAAAACACGCCACUGCUCUGAAGAAAAUGACGAUGAAGAUUACAUGCCAAUCAAGAAUCCUAAUCAGGAUAUCUACAGGGAAAUGGGUUUUGGCCAUUAUGAAGAAGAAGAAAACUGUUGGGAGAAACAGAAGAAUGAAAAGAGAGAUCGACGUCAGAACCGCAGUCGUAGCCGAUCUCGAGAAAGGGAUGGUCACCAUAGUAACAGCCACAAGUCCAAGUACCAGACAGAUCCUUAUGAAAGAGAGAGGAGUAGAAAGAGGGACCGAAGCAGAAGUCCAAAGAAAUCCAAAGACAAAGAAAAAUCUAAGUACAGAUGAGCAGGGGAGAGCUGGAAGGGACUGGCUAGCAGGUCUGCUCCUGCCUGACGUGGAGCACUCACAGAUGAACCCAUCCUGCCCACACAGCUAACUCUGUGUGCUUCCAUGUUAACUGAUGGUGUGGGGCGCUGGAAGAGAAUGGGGACUUUUUUUGUGUAUAGUUUUUUAUACAAAUGUUGUUAUGCAUACAUGGUAAUGUUCAUAUUUAACAUCUUUCAUAUUUUCAGACUUUUUUAAGUGAAGCAUUUCAUACCACAGAAACCCAUCAACUUGUAUAUAAGACAUAAAACGUAGUAAAUGGAAGUGUUUGUGUACCUGGCCACAGCAUAAGAGAUAAAAGUGCUAUGGUCGGUCCAUAUAUCCCCUUUCCCUCCAGGAAUUAUCAGUCUGAGUUCUGUUUGCCCUAUUGUUAAUUUUGUAUGUUUUUGAAUUUUAUAUGAAUCGCACAGUGUAUGCUUACUUCUCUGACUUUUUU